AUGUCAUUGGUAUCAGAAGGAAUCAAAUCGGAAUCAGAAAUAUAUUAUGGAGAGGAAAUUUGUCAAGUGAAAUCAAAAGAACUUCCGGAAGAUAUGUGUCUUCCCAAAGACUUGUUACCAUUGAAAGACAUCAUUGAAGUUGGUCACCACAGAGAAACAGGUUUCGUGUGGGUGAAACAGAAGAAUAGGAUUACACACAAAUUUGAAAAGAUUGGAAAACUUAUUUCUUAUGCUACUGAAGUCACUUCUUAUGUUGAAAAAGGUAAGAUUAAGAAAAUGAGUGGUGUUAAAUCCAAAGAGCUUUUUAUAUGGGUUACACUAAGUGAUAUUUAUGUUGAUGAUCCACCAACUGAGAAAGUCACUUUUCAAGCUCCUGCUGGACUUUCUAGAACUUUCCCUGUUUCUGCUUUUGAACUUGAGGAGAAAUCAAGUGGUGUGAAAGAGGUUUAA